UUUUUACUUCUGAAAAUGAAUAUCAAAUUAAAAUCAGAUAAAUAAAUUAAACGGAGAGGGAGUGUGGUGAAUAUCACGGGCGAGCAAGGAGCGUGAAAGGUAACUAUUGUACCAGUAGACACGCGUCUAGUAAUGACAACCUCGCACCAAAAAGUAUUCACCACUUUGGUCCUCACAACUUAGAAGGUACAUACGUGGCACCUUUUUUUGUCUCAGUGCAAUAUACGUGUCCACCUUCUCAUUGGCUCUUCCCUUCACACCAAUCAGGACACCCAAUUUCCAUGGAUACGCUACUUUAUCAGAGGACCCACCUAAUUGGUCUGCACCAAUCAAAUAUCUUCACUAUUCUACAUUUGCCCUAGACACGUGUCCUUUCUUCACCCCUAUCACUGUGCUGUAACUAUGAUAAUCUGCUUGGCAACCGGUCAAAUUACAUUUUCUCAGUCUAAAAUCACCUCCUGGAGAGACCUCCUCAGCUGUGAUGGACGCUGGAAAUGGUUUUCCUGCUACUAAGUACGCCGGUGGACCGCAAGAUACGACGAUAAUGAAUCGGAUAAUGCUAAGAUUCCGACCGAUCGCACCGAAACCUGUCGCCGGUGGUUCAUCUGAUGGAUCUACACCAGAAUAUAACAACACGGAACUUGUUACCAAAAGAAGAGCGAAGAGAAAGUACGUUAGAGUUAAGAAAAAUAGCAAGUGCAAGUCUAACAAAGAAGACGAGGCAAAUAAAGGCGGAUCUUCACUGUAUGAGGAUAACGGAGCUGUUUUAACUCUUCAGUUGAUGCCGGAAAGUAGUAGCGGCGUCAAAAACAGUCUAGAAAAUUCCGGAUCUCGACCUUUCUGGAUGAAUUUUCAGAAUAGUGAAAUUUUUCCCGUCGGAUCAGAUCAGAUAGAUCGGACGGUGGAGAUGCAGAAGAAAAGAGUGGUGGAGUCAUGGGUAUUGGUAGACCGGAUGACAAACGCGUUGGUAGAGGGAGACGCGUUAGGUAGUACGGACAUGGAGAAGAUGAAGAAUCUGGAGGCUGACACGUGUCCAGGGUUGAUAUCAGACGGUUUAGAUAGAGUUCAGUGGGUGAAUCUGGCGUACCGGAGAAUGGUUGAUCCUCUAGAAGGUUGUGGAAAUUCGCCGAAGCUGGUGACCUGGCUGGUAGUGAAGGAGAAAAUAUUGUUACCUAACUCAUCAACUUUUGCAUGCACUGUGAGGAUACUGUACACGAAGAACUCACAGACAAUGCCGUGUGAUGUAUGGAAGAUGGAAUUUGGAGGAUUUGCAUGGAGACUUGAUGCUAAAGCUGCUCUUAGAUUGGGUCGUUAAUGAGGAUGCAACUAG